GAUAUUUAAUGAAGAAAUUGAAAAUCUAAAUUUUGAAGAUGGAAUAGAAAAUAUUAAUGUAGAUGAAAUUGUAGAUAUAGACACAAGUGAAAUUGACGUUACUGACGACAACAGUCGUAGAAGCAUGGCAGAAAAUGUUCUUGUGACUGUAAACGCAGAAAUCGUAAAUCGUCCACGUCGUGGUCGACCGAGACGUAGAAAUUAUGCUGAAAUGAAUAUGUCGGAAAGUGAAAAUAGAGAAAAUAAUGGAGGAAAGAGGAGAAAAGGUAAAAAGCGAAUGGACGAUAGAACGAGAGCUCUCCACAAUACGAAAGAGAGAGACCGAAGACACGCACUAAAGAGAGACAUUGCAUUCCUAGCCGAACAAAUCCCAAACUUGCCAAAUAAAAAACCGAUGAAUUUGGUUUUGCAGAAGGCAAUAGAAUAUAUAAAAAAAUUAGAAGCAGAAAAUGACAAGUGCGAAAAAGAACUUAAAACGGCUAAAAAAUUAAACGAGGAUCUUUCAAAACGAUUUGCAAGAUUGCAACACGAAACAAGGAGGAAAUAGAAUAUUCUGUAAAUUCUAAGUUAAUAUUAUGAUGUCGGGUGGAGAUGGUUUUUUAAUAUUUUAUCAGUGUAUACG